UGCCGUCAUCGUCAUCACUCACUCAGUCUGUGCCUCGCCGUCCGCUGGUGGUCUGACGUCGACCGUGAGCGUAUAUUAUUGAACUGCACGCGACACGCACGAUAGUGAUAGUGACGUUGUAUAAAAAACGGGAAGAAUAAUAUUUAGUGUGCUCGAAAGAUAAGAUAGUUUAACAUUAUCUCGAAGUCCUCUCAAGUAUUCUAAAUUAAUCGUCGACGGGGGGAGUGUAUUGACCUAAUACUUGGAGAGUGUAAUGGCGUUUUUGAGAGCCGUUAUCAGGCAUAGUAAUUCGCGUAAUACCGGCAAUAUUUACCUCUUGCAUGGCACCAAGGGUGCCCGAAACCAGAUUUACUACCCUUUAAUCAAUUACUGUCCCAGUGCUCUCAGGUCAAGUGUAACAAACCCCCUCAAUAGUAAUGUCACGGCAUCGAUCAACGAAAAUGCACCCGUGCGCGACCCUUUGGAUACGAAUUUCUCAGAUCCCAAAGCCGCUUUCAAAAGCAAAACUACUUGGGAAGUUGUACGAGCUUACUUAGUCUACCAAAUGUGCUCCUCUUCAUGGCUCGUCGAGAAUAACAUGAAGUUGAUGAAGCUAGGGAAAGCUGUGUUUGGCGAGAAAUUGUUCUGCCAGAUCAUGAAACUGACGUUUUAUGGUCACUUUGUGGCCGGCGAGGAUCAGUACAAGAUCGUACCCACCUUGCAGAGGUUACAGUCCUUUGGUGUGAAACCAAUUCUCGAUUACUCUGUAGAGGAGGACAUCUCUCAGGAAGAGGCCGAACAACGAGAAGUAGAUGCCAGUUUAUCAGAGGUUGAAAAGAAAGAAGCUUCAAGUGGAGUUAAAGCGAAACCAGAUGAAGCUGCAGAAGUUUUAGGCGCACCUCUACCCCAAUACCACGUGGACAAAAACUUUGCCGACAGAAGGUAUAAAGUGGCUAGUGCUCGAACAUAUUUCUACUUGAAUGAAGCGACUUGCGAACGAAAUGUCGAAACGUUCCAGAAUUGUCUCCAUGCUGUUGCAAAUGCCACAUACGGAACAGGAAUUACAGCCAUCAAACUAACUGCUCUUGGCAGGCCUCAGCUGCUGUUGCAACUGUCAGAGGUAAUUAUGCGCGCUCGUAACUUUGUAACUGAAGUUAUGGGAGGAAGAGGUAAUGUGAUUGGGCAGAAUUUGAGCAAAGAUGACCUCAUUAAGAAAUUGAAAGAAAGAGGAAUCCAAGACACGGAGAAAUUCCUUGAAAAAGUUGUUGUUGAUGCUCAAGGAGUUAUCCAUCUUUUCCCCUGGAGUGGAUUGAUCGAUGAAAAUUUUGGUUUGAGUGAAACAUUCCGUGUUCCAAGCUUAAAAGAAGGCCGCAUGGUCAGAUUAUUGUCUCAGCUCUCUCAAAAGGAAGAAGAAAUGUUCCGCAACAUGGUGCGAAGGUUGAACACUCUAGUGCGGACUGCUGAAGAGUUAGACGUACGCAUAAUGGUUGAUGCUGAGCAAACUUACUUCCAACCAGCCAUCUCUCGAUUAACAUUGGAAUUGAUGCAGAAGUACAACACUGAAAAGGCAAUUGUAUUUAAUACAUAUCAGUGUUAUCUUAGAGAGGCAUACAAUGAAGUCGUUACUGAUCUCAAUCAAGCCAAGCGACAGAAAUUUUAUUUUGGUGCUAAAUUAGUACGAGGAGCAUAUAUUGAACAGGAGCGGGCAAGAGCAUCAGCUCUAGGCUACCCUGAUCCUAUCAACCCAUCUUACGAAGCUACAAGUGAGAUGUAUCACAAAACUCUGACAGAGUGUCUUAGUAGGAUCAAAACUUUGAAAGAUGCUGGUGAUGACCCGAAGAAAAUCGCCAUCAUGGUUGCCUCUCACAACGAGGAUACCGUUCGUUUUGCACUUCAAAAAAUGGACGAAAUCGGAAUUUCACCUGAAGAUAAAGUAAUUUGCUUUGGUCAAUUGCUUGGAAUGUGUGAUUACAUAACCUUCCCUCUUGGUCAAGCUGGAUACUCUGCUUACAAAUAUACACCUUAUGGCCCGGUGAAUGAAGUUCUCCCCUACUUGUCUCGAAGAGCAAUGGAAAACAAAGGUGUUUUAAAGAAAAUUGAGAAGGAAAAAAGCUUACUGCUCUCAGAAAUUGCGCGACGCCUCAAGUCUGGCCAAAUAUUCUACCGACCUCGUGGAAAUUACAGACCCAUUUAAAGUGAAUGUUUUCAUUGGUAAGUUUAAAACAGUUAUUUAUUUGUAAUUAAUUUUAGGAUAUUUCCCACUUUUUUUUUACGUUUAAUUUUCUAGUUCCUAAGUUUUCUCUUCAAUUUCGUCCAAUUUUUGUGUUUCUUUUUUAUUCUCACUUCAUCUCUUUUUGUUCUUUUGAAGUUCGUUAAUUGAGUCAUCCAAAAGUUUAAUGAGGCUGUUUUGUGUCAGAUCUUUUGGAUUGUUAACUGUUUAAAUUAUUGGACGGGUUGGAUUCUGCUGCAGUAAUGCAAAUCUUAGUGUGAUUGGUCAACUUGAAAAAUUUUUCUGUUUUUUUCUGUGCAUUUUGUAGAGCUGUUACGAGAAAUAAAAUUCUCAGCAAAGUAAUUAGAGCAGUAUUAUCAGGUAUAUUUCUUCUUUUUUUUAAAUGAGAAGUUGAAACUCAUUAUUCAUCUUAGGGAUUCAGCUCUCCAAAGCUGUCUUUAGUUUGUGAAACAUUUUAACACUAAAUAUGAAGAACUCCAAGGCAUCCUGUUAUGAUGUCUCCCUUUGAUGCUUGAGUUAGACUUUGAUAGUAAUACACAGACCACCAUCUUCAUUACAUCUGAAUGUUUGCUACAACUGAAGAGAAAAAAAAUAAAAAACAUCUAUGAUAAACGAGCUAGGUUUUUCCUUUCAAUAUUAUCCAUGUCUGUCCCUCGAAAAUAGAAAAAAGUAACUGAGGGAUGAUAAAAAUUGAACGAUUUAUUAUGAAUGAAUGAAUUAUGCAGAUGCAUGCCGAACCUCUUGUUUCUUUCUUUGGAGUCAAAUGAGGAAUUACUUUUUUUUACAUAUUAUGAGUAACCAUAAUUGCAAGCUGCAAUUUUUCACCGAAUUCUGCUCAAACAUUUGACUCAAACUUGUUUAUCAUAACCUACUGCAUUUUGAAUUUUUAGCAAAAUUUAUUAAUGUUCACUGUUAGCGUAAGUUUUAACUAUAUUAAUAAGUUUAUUGAAGUGUGAAGUUAUUAGCAUUAUUUUGCAUUGUACUUUUUUGAGCAGACUUGCAUAUUUACAUGAAUGUUCAGUCAAUUUUGUAAUAACCUAAAAGGUAAUCGUACUAGCCAAAGAAAAACAGUUCUAUGAAAUUGUAACUUCAAUAUUGCUCAAAGGUUCAAGCUCCUGAAGCUGUCAUAAAGAAGUUUUAGAAUCUCCAAGCACAAAUUAUAAACUGUAUUGUAAAGUCUAAAGUUCCUUUUAGAGUUUUACUUUACUUUUAAAUUAGUAGGAAGAAGUUUGAAACCAGGUGCAAAUGAUAUAUCCUGUUAGUUUUGAACACCUACUUCUGAAAUUGUUCUGAUAAGCUAGUGCAUUGGUGUUCAUCAGCAAACUCUCAUGGUGUAAAUAUUUACUUUCAUUUUGGACUGCUAAUCUAGUCCAGAUUUUAUAGGUUUUAAAAAAGUGAUUUUGGAACAUUAGUAUUAAGUCAUAAAAACAGAACUGUUUUCAAUGUUCAACAUCCUACAAAUAUUUGGCUGCUGUAGUUUUAUAUUUUAAUUUGAGAAUAAAAUAGAAAGUGUUAGAGUUGGCGCAAGUUGAAUACUUCAACAUUCACAUUUAUUUUGAACUGCAAGGUUUGAAGUUAAUUUACUUCAGCUUUUACUCUUCCAUUAUCUUUUUUUUUCUUGCACAUCAGUUAUUUCCAUGAUAAACGACCGGGAAUUGAAAAUGGAGUCAUAAGCAUAAUUUUUAAUGAAUUGAGAAAAUAAAUUAUUAGGAAAAUCGAUUGAAGCAAAAAUUUGUUGAGGAGAAAAAGGAAUUUUCUCAAAGAGAACACCUUUUAUUGUCUAUACUUAUUUCUAGUAACUAUUUCUUAUUGUAGUCAUUUCAGUAGUUUUUGGCGAUCCUUCAAUAUUUAAAGACUACGCUCAAUUUGCGCUCAACACAAGUGCAGCAGUUUUGAAAUGGAGCCUGUGUAUUUUCUUUUUUUCAGGUGUUGGAAAUGAAAUUCAUUGCUAGAACUUCCUCGAAAGUUUAGUCAGUCAAUUUCAAGAAGCGUAAGCUUCAGUUUUUGAAUGGGUUGAUCUAAUACCAAACUUUCUUUUUUAUAUAAUGGAUUGUGCAUCAUAAUCAUGAUUUCUGCUUUGCCGUCUGUUGAUGUAUAACGUGACUGACUUUCAUUUUUUUCUCUGAGAUGGUCAGUCUCAUGCCAGAUAAAUUCUUUUUUUUUGUCUUAAGGAUUUUCUCUUGUUUUGUAAUUAUUCAAUAUACAUAAUAAACAAAUCUGGUACGUAGGCACUCUUUGCUGCCUCAAUCACGUAUUAUAAAGCAAGUUUUUUGUAAAUCACUGAAACAGUCUCAUUAAACUGUAAAUCUUUUAUUUUGUUUUCACGCUCUCUUCAGAGAAUGCUCUCCAUGUGACUUUAUGUACAGUAUUAAUUUUAAAAGCAGGUGAUUGUAAAAUAAUUCAAGAACAAAUUGUAAGGAGUCCCUCUGAAGCUCCUAAUUUAAUCCUUUUUACAAAUGUAUAAUUUUCCGGUAUAUCUUCUCCUUGUGAAUUAAAAUCCAGUUCAUUGUUCUAACUGAAUUGUUUUAAAUUGUACGAUAAUGUUGUGAGAAAUUGUGUUGUACGUUACCAGAUUAAAGAAACCGAAAUAAAUGUCAUUUUAUGCAAAUGAG